AAUCACAACAAAUCGGCUUUUAUCCGUUUGCUCCAAACCCCCGCGGUGGUUGCAGGAGGGAGAGGAGCAACCGCUUGUAUUGCGGUAUGGGUCGAAAUCGCGAUUUUCCUUUGGGAUUUGAUGUAUUUUAGGCAAAGGCAGAGCCAUCUAGAGGAACAGCCCGGCCAUGACGAUCCUUCGGAGGCGCGGUGCGCUGCCUUCGAGCUUCCUUGAGUUCCUUUUCCCUCUUCCAACAAAGGAAAUGGAGAGAUCUGGGAGACGUUUUGCUUUCGGAAAUGCACUGAGAAGAGAGGUGUUGAGGCACUGAACUGAAAUGGGUGUCCAGGGCUGGCAAGAGGGAAGGCAGUUACUCUAUGGCCCACUUACAAUCUGCACAUGAAGAUCUUUUAUAUCUUUCUCCAGAGUAAUCAAUGGAAUUGGGAAUAAGUUCUUCAUCCUCAGGGAAGAGAUAGGAGAAUUAUCUUUUCCCUUGGAGUGCUCCAGUACUGGGGCUCCACUGUCAACAAUAUCAAGCAGUUGACUAUGAACAGCUCAAAUUGAAUUACAAAAGUGAGGUGGGAUUGACUUGGUACUAUCGGAUCACGUCUUGUCUGGGAGGAGUCUUAAGGAAGGAGCCUGAUCCCUCCUGCUUAAAGGUAGAAGCUGACCUGAAAUAAAGCAACAUCUCUGUGCUUUUUACAUGGUUUUGAUGCAUAAUGGGAUUUUGAAAUGGAGCUCGAUGCUUUGGGCUGGUUGCCUACUCCUAUAGAGUAAGGUCAUCAGAGGAAGAGAACUGCAGCAUCUGGAUGGGACAGUUCAGGCGUACUCAGCCACCCUCCAAGACCUUCGGAUCCCUUCCUGCCUUACUUCUGCAGUGUUUCCCACCACCCCAUGCAGUAAGGUUCCUAGCUCACCAUGGUGGACACAAUGGGGAAACCGAAGCCCUCAAAGCCACCUGUGUCACUGAGCAUGUACAAGAGUUCGUACAAGAAGGACUAUCAGUGGUGUGAGGAGCGCAAGCUACCCAGUGACAUACAGAAGCUGCAGGUUGCAGAUGCCCAGCUAAAAGCCAAGGAGUUUGCUGUACCCCAGGAGAGGCCAGUGAUACCCUACAGCGACAGUGUUGUCGCGCAGAGGGAAGUCAUCCCAGCACUGAGCAUCGAAACCAUCACUCAUGCUGAUGCUGCACAAGAGAGGAUGCCAGACAGCAGCAGGGCCUUGCAAGAGGGAAAGCACUUAGCUUCCCCCCUUCCUGCUGCAGAAAGCUACCUCCCAAAGCACGACCCUGCCUCUCAACUGGCAGAGAAGGCAGAGGGGCUGCAGGCCCUCAGUGAGAUGGAGAAUGAGCUGUCUUGUUGCCAGCAUCUUCCAGUGGCUGCUCAGGCUGCUGGGACAACAGGGAUGCUGCUGCCCAGGCAGAAGCUGGUCCCGACCUGGGGCACCUACCAGCAGUUCCUCAUGGAGACCAGCCAGGAAAGACAGAAUAAUGGUCUGCAAAUCAAGCUCAGGAAUCUGGGCUCCUCUGUUCUGGCUGAAGACUGCUCUGACCAUGACUGGAGAACCACAUACAACACAGAUUUUAAGCACCGGCCAGGAGCCUGUGGUGGACACUGUAAAGGACAUAAGAACCUCUCUCACAUUUUCCCCAAAGAUGCGCUCCACAAGAACCACUGGGUAUCCGAGUACAAUGAUGCCUACAGCAUUUCCUCGCGGAGGCUGAGAUGGUCACCUGAGAUUCCUGCUAUGGGGCUGUGCUCUGGGAAAGGGAUUGAGAUGGACGCAGCCAGUGACGGGUGCUGUGGGUGACCAUGCUCCUUGUGCCCCCAAGCUGUCUGCAGGAUAUUGUCCAUCAGAGAUCCUGAAAGCCUGAAAACCUCCUCUCUUUCUUGCAAACCCACCACCGUGUCUAUCAAAUGUGAAAUGUUUGUCAGAAGCCUUUUGAUGCACAUAUUAUUAAAACCUCUUCAGAAUCCAGGUUUUUCUCAUUGUCAGAAAAGGGUUUUUUUGGGGGGAAGGGGUUAGAACACAGCCUAUGGAGCUCAAAUCACUCAGGCAGC